AGUUAUUUGCUUUUUUACUCUGACUGUACCUCUGUUUUGUCGUCUGCGUAAUUUCUGCCCCGCGUAUAGAAUAUUGAAUUUUUUUGCCAAAUUAUAAUUUUUUGUAUAACCUUUUUUUCAUUUUAAAAAAAAGUGAUGCGAACUAAAAUUCGAAAAUAGAAAAAAAAGAGAUUAAAAAUCGUGAAUAAAUUCAGUGAUGUCCCAGUAUCAUUUAUCACAGAAGAGGUUUAUCCCGGUGCCACCUGAAAAGGGAAGUUUUCCAUUGGAUCAUGAAGGGAUUUGUAAAAGUUUAAUGAUUAAAUACAUGCGUUGUCUUGUUGAUAAUAAAAACGACUCGGGAAUGUGUCGUAAUGUCACACAAGAUUAUCUUGAAUGUCGAAUGGACAAUGGUCUUAUGGCACGCGAGGAAUGGUCCAAACUCGGUUUCUCCAAUCAGAUCCCUUAUAAAACCAGAGUUUCGAUACAUCAGGCAUAUCACGAAACAAGGGCCAAUUUUACGUUUUCUCAUUUUCACAAACUGCCAGCCGAUGUCAAUCAAGUUGAUCUGAAACAAUUUUGUUUCUCAACCAAGGGCGAUAUAUCCAAAAAAAAAAUAUUGACCAAAAACAAUAAAAAAAAAAAAAUUACAAAAGACUUAUUUUUAUCAACUGAUCGCAUUCCCUCGACUUUUACAUUUGUCUCGUUGCCACUGCCAACAAAGAGAACACAGCUUUUAUUGUUUUUUUUUCAAACCAAAGUGUUUCCAAAUAUCGAAAAAAAAGGUAGAAUAUUAAUAUUAAUAAUAAAAAUAAUAAUAAUUGUUGAAUUUUGUUUUCAUUAGUAUGGCAGGCACGUCGCGAAAGAAAAUUUUAAUUGGCUGCACGGGUAGUGUAGCGACAAUAAAAUUGCCUCAACUUGUGGAGAAAUUGUGGCAACAUAAUCUCGAUAUACGAGUUGUCGUUACUGAGAGGGCCAAACAUUUUCUGAAGGAA